GUGCACCAAAACACUCCUCCUGGAAGUGCUCUGUAUAUAGCUCAGGCACAGGAUAUUGACAGUGGAUACAAUGGACUCAUCUCAUAUAGCAUUGCAAGUGAAAACCAGGAUGUGUUUGUCAUUGACCCCAAUUUUGGAAUCUUGUACCUCAAUACCACUUUAACAAUGGUGUGUGAACAUAUUCUGCUGAUAACAGCUGAAGAUAGCGGACAUCCGUCAUUAAGUUCUCUUCUUACAUUAACCAUCAGUGUUACAAAGCCAGACACAAUUAACACUUUGACCUUUGGUAAUUUAGUGCAUCGAAUUGAAAUCAAUGAAGAUUUUGCAGUAUAUUCCAGAGUCCUUCAGGUGCAAGCGUACAUAGAAGGUGCACAAAGCCAGCUGUCAAGGAUAAUUUACUCUUUGUGGUCUGAGAGUUCAGUUCCAUUUGCAAUUCAUCGCAAUACCGGAUGGAUUUUCUUGCGUCGGUCACUGGAUUAUGAAAGAACCACUGUGUACAAUCUGAUCGUAGUAGCAAGCUGUGCAGACUAUGUAGAGGAGCAAACGGCUUCUACUUCAGUAAUUGUGAAGGUCUUGGAUGUAAAUGACAAUUCCCCUGCUUUCAGUCAAACCAUGUACUUUUUCACCACUAUGGAAAGUUCUAGUCCUAAUGGAGUCAUUGGCACAAUCACAGCAUCUGAUAGUGACUCCGGGAAAAAUGGGCAGCUUUCCUUUUUCCUCUUGUCUGAUGAAAAUUAUUUCCAAAUCAGCUCUAAGACAGGUGAAAUUAUAAAUUGU